AGAACUAUACAAUUUCUUAUAAAGAUGAUGGCCAGCUUUUGUUGUGACAAGAAAAAUUGCAAGGUUUCGAUUCUGUCUGCAUAAGUGAAUUCACAUCUCCAAAAUACCCUCUGUUAAGUCGGUGAGCACUGAGCAGCAAACUUUUAACCUGAGUGUAGAGUGAGGAGCAAUACAUCCAAACAUGCAGCACUUUAAGUAGUUCUUUUUGGUGUUGGGAAAUAUUAAUUAAUUAUGAUCAGUGACAUAGUUAGACAGUGUUGCCUUUUCUUUUUCAAGACAAUUAUCUUUCUUUGGCCCAUCAGCACAUAAGUGAGUAUCAUAUUUCUUGUCUUAAAAUAUCAUAAAUUCUGGUUGUGAAUCUGUUUUAGUUUCUUCUUACUACCAAAUUUAGAAGAGGGUUGCUCCAUUUUGGCGGGCAGAGAACGCUUUGCUGUCUUGAGUGUGACAUGGGAGUAGUUAUCAGUCGUAUUGUGUAAUUUCUGCAGUUGGAGAUGACCACGUAUUACGUGGUACAGGAGCUGACAGAGAAGCAGACACACCCCCUCAAAAGUUCAGAAAGCUACUUAUAUUCUCCGGAAAUGAUUACUUGGGUUUGAGUUCACAUCCUUCGGUAGGUAAGGCAUCUGCAAAGGCUGCAGAGGAACAUGGAAUGGGGCCAAGAGGUUCUGCUCUGAUCUGUGGUUAUACAAAUUAUCAUAGGCGACUUGAGACUUGCCUGGCAGAACUGAAGAAAAAAGAGGAUUGCCUUCUUUGUCCCACAGGCUUUUCAGCCAAUAUGGCUGUAAUGACAGCAAUAGGAAGUCUUGGUUCUCUGUUAGCUGCAGGUGCAAAAUGUACAAGUGAUGAAAAAAUUGCCAUAUUUUCUGAUGCUUUAAAUCAUGCAUCCAUUAUUGAUGGCAUCCGUCUUGCUGAGAGACAACAAAGCAUACAGCUGUUUGUUUACAAACAUUGUGAUGUGUCCCACCUUAAUGAACUAUUAUUGAGUUGCAAAAUGAAAAAGAGGAUUGUUGUGACUGAUAGCUUGUUUAGUAUGGAUGGAGACUUCGCACCAAUGGCAGAGCUGGCAAUGCUUCGUAAUAAGCAUGGAUUUCUUUUGGUGAUUGAUGAUGCUCAUGGCACAUUUGUUUGUGGUAAAAAUGGUGGGGGUGUUGCUGAGGAGUUUAACUGUGAAAGAGAUGUUGAUAUAUGUGUGGGCACUCUGAGUAAGGCCGCAGGUUGCCAUGGUGGAUUUAUAGCAUGCAGCAAAAGGUGGAAGCAACUUGUUCAAUCGAGGGGUCGUGCUUUUAUAUUUUCAACUUCUACCCCAGUACCAGUUGCUGCUGCUGCAAGUGCUGCUGUUUUUGUGGCAAAAAAGGAAAAUUGGCGUAGGGUGGCUGUCUGGAACAGGGUGCGAGAUUUUCAUGCUUUGACUGGAAUUCCUAUUACAAGUCCAAUUAUUUCCCUUAUUGUGGGGAGUGAAGAAAAGGCCUUGCAAGCUAGCAGGCAUCUUUUAAAAUCUGGUUUCCACAUAACUGCAAUCAGACCCCCAACUGUGCCCCCAAACUCCUGCAGGCUGAGAAUUACUUUGAGCGCAGCACACACAAUGGAUGAUUUGAUAAAGCUAACAUCGGCAUUGUCUCAGUGCAUCGACUUGCAAAAAAGCGGGUUCUACUACACAAAUGCUAGUCUCAGUGCAAAGCUGUAGUGUAAUCAGUUGAUACUUGGUAUCUAUAAUCUAAUCAUGGAAUAACAUUUACUUUUGAUC